AUGGCUAUUUCAGACACUCCACCCAACUGUGUGAGCGUGGUCAUCAUUGGGGCUGGCUUCUCAGGCUUAGUGGUAGCAUGCCAGCUGAAACAUCAGCUGAACUGCGACGACUUUGUUAUUUACGAUAGGGCAGCCACACUUGGAGGCACCUGGGCAGCCAACACAUACCCAGGGUGUGGAGUGGACAUCCCAGCCCCGUUCUACAGUCUAUCCUUCGCCCCUAAUGCUGAAUUCUCUCGAUUCUUUCCGAAACAACAGGAAGUGCUACAAUAUCUCGAGUCGGUCGCUUUGCGCUAUGAUAUCUCAGGCCAUGUAGUGGGAAAUACCGAAUGGAUCGGCGCUUCGUUUGAAGACUCGACGAAGACCUGGCUUAUCAAACUCCGAGACGUGAAAAGCGGCCAGGAGUACAUCCAAGAAAGCAAAAUUCUAGUAUCAGCAGUCGGAGGUCUGACAAACCCAAACCCGUUCCACAUUGACGGCAUCGAGCGUUUUCAAGGAAGCAUGAUUCACACGGCUAGAUGGGACCACAGCGUGUCGCUUAGCGACAAAGAUGUGGUUGUGAUAGGGAAUGGCUCAUCAGCUACUCAGCUAGUACCGGCUAUUGCAUCCAACGUCCAUUCCGUCACGCAGUUUAUCCGGUCUCCACAGCACUAUUUCCCCGGAAACGAUACUACCAUUCCAUCUUCGUGGAGGACGACUUUUCGUCGUCUUCCUGCCCUGCUUCGCUUCGUCCGGCUCUUGAUAUUUCUAUACCUCGAGACCUCUUUAUUCCAAUUUGAUCUCACCAAGACAGGUGAGCGAAUGAGGGAAGAGGCCCGCGAAAAGAGUUGUCGAUAUAUCGAGCAAUAUGCACCAGAAGAAUACUGGGAUCUCUUGAUGCCUACCGCAGAUAUCGGAUGCAAGAGACGCGUUUUCGAUCACGACGGCUACAUUUCCUGUUUGAACCGGGACAAUGUACACUUGACCAACGACCCGAUUAUCGCUCUCAGAGAGCAUUCGGUGCUCACUCAGUCCGGAAAAACAUAUCCUGCAGAUGUGAUUGUAUUGGCAAAUGGUUUUUCGUUGACACAGUUCGACGCCGAACUGCGAGGACGCCAUGGUCACAGUAGGAAGGGCCACUGGCAGGAAUUCGGCUAUAUCGAAGCAUACAACUCUGUUGCUAUGUCAGGAUUUCCUAACUUCUUUUACAUGAUGGGGCCUAAUUCCGGGCGCGGCCAUACUUCAAUUAUUUAUUCUCUGGAAAGCUAUGCAAAUUUGAUUAUAAGGGUUAUAAAACCGGUGAUAUCAAGACAUGCAUUAACAGUGGAACCGAAGGUGUCUAGCGAGAGGGCAUACAAUGAUCAACUGCAUACGGCCCUAGAAAAGACGGUUCUUACUAAUGCGUGCAGAAGCGUAAGUUAUCUUUCAUGGGUUUAA